CAUAUCUGUGUUACCAUGGCUACUAACGCAUGCAGUCUGUAUUAACUCCAGUUGGGGGCGAACAUUUCAAAGAUUUGUGCAGUGAACACAUCAUCACUCAGGUAGCUAGCAAAAGGUGUAGACCCUGAGCGGUGGAUAGAAGGUACCCUUCUCAGUUACUUCUACAAAACGUAUUUCACAGCCGAAUAUUUACGAUUAUGAAAACAUGGUCGUAAAAACUAGAAAACAAAACGUGAAGGAUCAACCGCCGCAGCCCAACGUCGACGACAGAGACAGGAGUCCGUUUGUAUCGCCAGGCACCGGGAAAAGUAGACGAGCAGGCAAAGGCACCCCUUUCAACAGCUUGCUUCACAAUAGGAAUGGACUAUUUCCUGGGUUUUCAUUCAUCAGAAGUAAGCUUGGCCUUACACCGUCUGCUUUUGUGAAACUCGGAAUCACUCUGGUUCUUGCUGCUCUGGCUGGGUAUUUACAUUGGUACCAUCUCUCACGCCUCUUUGAAAAUGACAGACACUUCUCACAUCUGUCAGGACUAGAAAAAGAAAUGGCAUUUCGGACAGAAAUGGGUUUAUACUACUCCUACUUCAAGACCAUCAUUGAGGCCCCAACCUUUAUCAACGGCCUGUAUCUGGUCAUGAACGAUCGGCUUACAGAGUACCCACUGGUUAUAAACACACUGAAGAGGUUCAAUCUCUAUCCAGAGGUGGUCCUGGCCAGCUGGUACAGAAUCUACACAGAUAUAAUGGAAUUCUUUGGACUCCCCACCAAGAUGUGUUGGUCUAUCAAUAGAGGAGAGGGUAUGGCUCCGGUGGAUGGCUGUGAAGGUAUGGGUGACCCCGCAUACUUCUACGUGACCUUUGUGUUCCUCCUCAAUGGUCUGAUGAUGAGUCUGUUCUUCAUCUACGGGACCUACCUCAGUGGCAGUCGGCUCGGGGGUAUGGUCACGGUGCUGUGUUUCUUCUUUAACCAUGGAGAGAGCACCCGGGUCAUGUGGACUCCGCCCCUGAGGGAGAGCUUCUCCUAUCCCUUCCUGGUCCUGCAGAUGUUACUCCUCACCCACAUCCUCCGGACACACAACCCCAGCAGAAAGACCAUGUGGGCGCUGGGCAUUUCCAAUUUGUGCUUCAUGCUGCCCUGGCAGUUUGCCCAGUUUGUGCUGCUUACCCAGGUGGCCUCUCUCUUUGCCUCGUACAUCCUGGGAUACAUCAGCCCCACCAAAAUUCAGUCCCUCCUAGUGACACACAUGAUCACACUUGCCGUGUGCUUUGUUCUGAUGUUUGGAAACUCCAUGCUGCUGACAUCAUUCUAUGCAUCCUCGCUGGUCUCCAUUUGGGGAAUAAUUGCCCUGCGGGACAAAUUUGCAGAAGCCUUCAAACCUGGCCUCAUCACAUGGGUCAUGCAGGGCCUGGUAUGGGUUGUCUCCACUGUCAUUCUCAAGUUCAUGCUGUCAGCCAUCUUUGGAGCCUCUGAUGAUGCUCACAUCAGUAGCUUAAUAAAGUCCAAGUUUACCAGCUACAAGGACUUUGACACCAUGAUGUAUACCUGUGCUGCGGAGUUUGACUUCAUGGAAAUUGAGACCCCACUGCGCUACAUCAAGACACUGCUGCUCCCCAUCAACAUGCUGGUGGUUGCUGUCGUAGCAGGACGGACCAUCCAGGAUGUUGUGAGGUUCCUGAGGGAAGGAGAGAAGUAUUCUGUCAAACCUGAAGACGAUGACGAUGAUGAAGAGCCAGAAAUGUUGGCAAAAGGAGAGCUGGUGUACCAUAGCCUACAGUUGAUAGCGUUUGCAGUGCUGGCGAUGCUCAUCAUGCGUCUCAAGCUCUUCCUCACGCCCCACAUGUGCAUCAUGGCCUCCUUGAUCUGCUCCAAACAGUUGUUUGGCUGGAUAGGGGAGAAGUUCAAGCUCCACAUGAUGGUGUUUGGCAUCCUGUCCAUCAUGGCCAUGCAGGGCGCGGCCAACCUGCAGGCCCAGUGGGGCAUCAUGGGAGAAUUCAGCAACCUGCCCCAGGAGCAGCUGCUGGACUGGAUCAAAGACAACACCCGGCCCAACGCUGUGUUUGCUGGAGCCAUGCCCACCAUGGCCAGUGUGAAGCUGUCAGCCGGCCGGCCCAUCGUCAAUCACCCACACUACGAGGAUGCUGGACUGAGGGAGAGGACCAAGCUGGUGUACGCCAUGUACAGCCGCAAGUCUGCCGAGGUGGUGAAGAGGAACCUGAUGCAGAUGGAGGUGGACUACUUUGUCCUGGAGGACUCGUGGUGCACCCGGCGCUCCAGGCCUGGCUGCAGUAUGCCUGAGAUCUGGGAUGUGGAGGACCCUCAGAACGCUGGGAAAGUCCCCCUCUGUACACUCAUGUCCAGGGACUCCAGGCCCCACUUUGCCACUGUCUUUCACAACAACGUUUACAAAGUUCUAAGAGUUCCCAAAGCAGCUAAAGAGCUCAGAUAACAGCAGAGUCGGCCUGUUUUUGGUGCUACCGUCUAGUAUUUCCACCGACCUGGUGCGUGUUUUUAUAUAGUUCCUUUUCCUGUUGGUCUGUCUCCCUUUGGAGUUACCACUGCCACAGCUGCGUUUUACGUCUCCCUGUUUUGAGGCUCUGUUAGAGCAGUGGACUGACGUGAUGGGCUAGAUAAGAGUCCCCACUCGUGUUGUAUAAGCAUUUUAUUUUAUGCGAGCUUAUACUAAAGUUGUUCUUAAUGACUGAAUUAGUUUUAUUUUAGUGUGUAUUAGUACAUUUUGGAUGUCAGGCAUAUUUAGUUUUUGUACUUUUGUGCCCUUUUUUUGCGUAUUAUGAAUUGUCAUUUAUUUAGACGGUGUUAUUUUUUGAUUCACUGGUGUGUGUAAUACUUUUGUUAUUUGCCAAAGCAAAGUGUAGUUAGUAUAACUACUAGUGUUACAGCUGCAAGUGUCAGGUUAAUGUAGCACACCUGAAAAGUCAUUUUUUAAGAGAAGCAGAAUAUGAUAAUCUGCAAAAAUAUUUUUCCCAACAACCCAUUGCAACUUGUAGCAGUGCAUUAUUUUAAGCAUUAGCGUAAUGACCUACCACCAAAUAUCAGUGGUUUAGGACCCUGUAUUGACACACAGAAAACACUUAGGCAUCUUUUGGAGUUGUUAGUCAUGCCAAUUUAGCGUCAUUGCUUUGUACUCCACCACAGGAAGUUACGUCAUGAAUUUGUAGCAUUUUUUGCACCUCAAAAAGUGGCCUUUGCACAUGUCAUGAGAGCAACAUAUUAGAAUUCAAUGUAUUAUCACCCAACAUUUUCAAUUUUUUUGCUUGCGGUUACUUCCCCAUUUAAUUUUAAGGACAUAGCUGUGAAAGACUACACCACUCUGUGGACUCCACUUUACACUCGAUAGCACUGGUGUGCUCUACCCACUUAACCACUGUCCCCUUUUGUUCAUGCAGCUGUGAAAGUCCCUUUGUCACUCUGAGGUCAAGGGUCAAACAGGAGAGUACUCCACUUAACCGGAGUGUCCUUCUCAUUAUCCCCGUCACUCACUCUGCCUUUUACCAGUGUGGCAUUGAAGUUACUUAAAACAACCCCAGUGUAAUCAUUCCAGUGUAAAAGCUACAGUAUUGUUGGGUACAAAUCAUCUCACCAAUACAGGUGAGGCUUUUUAGCAAUAAGCAUAGUUAGUUACUCAUAAAGACUGUUUAAGGUUUAUACAUUUUAUACAACAUUCAUCAAUUGUAAUAGUAUCAAGCGGCGGUUUCAAUUAAAUGCAAGGUGGAAGCUAGAAGUUUAUUUCAAUGUAUUCUACUAUUUCUGUAACCGUUCAUGAAUAGCACAGCAGGUGCUUAUGGUGUUUUAUGCUAAGUUUAUUUUUGGUUAUGUCCCAGAUAUACAGUAAGGUACUGAAGUGAUCUUGAAAGCAAAGUGCCCAUUUUUAGUGGUGGGGCGGUGACCACCCAACCUGAAAUAUCUCAAAUUUGAGUGACAGACCUUGCUUUGUCUAAUGCUUGUCUAUUUAAUCUGUAUUUUGAAAAUAAAAUGUUCAUCAGCGUCUUUUAUUUUUAACAGUGAAACUAAUGAGUUAAAGUUUGUGCUGGUUGAUCAUUUGAGAGAAUUGGAUAUUUCAUUUAUUAAAUGGUUUCUGGAUUCACAGUAAUAAGCCUUUAUUACUAGAAUACACAAUUGAAUACAAAUGUGACUGUUAGAGGUGGCCGUCGCACUAUGAAACCAAAGAAAAACAUUUGAGGUUCCACUGGGUAUGACAAGAAAUAGUGAGUGACUUUCAGAAAUAUCUCGACAUAAGUGUUCAAACCCUUGAGUCAAUAUUUUGUAGAAGCACCUUUGGCAGCGAUUACAACAGUCAGUCUUUCUCGGUAAGUCUUUAAGACCGAGAUCAUCAAUUAUAUUCACCUGCGGGAUGAUUUUUACUUGAGCGGAUGUUCAGGGACAUAAUUACAAAUCAUUUGUGAACUGUAAAUUGACUGCAAGAAGUACAAACAUAUAUUU